AUAUGAAAUUAAAAUUACUAUUCGAUUUCGUAUCUAGUAUAUAUAAUUUUCUAUGAAAGAGAACUAAUAAAAUUAUCAACACUGGUGUAUACAAUAUCAAAGAGUAGGGGUAUCUAAUCUUUGGUGUCAAUGUGGAAUAUUGCUACAAUGCAUGUGAGAUUCAAAUCAAUAGAUAAAAAUGUGUGCGAAUAAUAGAGUCUUUAUCAAUCUUCAUUUUUAAACUGAACAAUAAAAGGGAGUGUUGUUUGCAUUUAUAAAAUAAUAAUUAUUAAAUUAGAGAAGAUAAUGUGGGGUAACCUAAAUGCUACUGUGCAACACAACGCUUCAGGCGGAUUUUUGAAUGAUAGUAAUAUUUCAAGAAGAGAAAAUAGUAAAAGAGUAGAAAAUGUCAUUCCUAUCAUGAUUAAACAUAUAACACAAUCCAAUAAUGAUUUACAACUUUGGGGAAUGACAGUUCACAUGAUAACUUUUGUAGCAAUUGUGCGAAAUAUUGGCAAUACUAGUACAAAAAUGACAUACGAAUUUGAAGAUGAAACAGGUACUAUUUCAGGUUUUCGCUGGUUGGAAAGAAUGAAUAGACCAGAUACAAGCAUUAAUUUAAAUAGUUAUGUACGGGUAUAUGGACACAUAAAGGAACAAAAUGAAACAAAAUAUGUAUUAGCUUUAAAGAUUUUACCUUUGACUAAAUUAAAUGAGUUGACUACUCAUUUGUUAGAAGUUAGUUAUGUGACAUUAAGAGCUGAAAAAAUGUUCAAUAUUGAGAAAGAAAGGACUGGAGGAACAGCCACAAAUGAUGUUCUUUUAGAAGAUAAUAAUAUCAGUGGCUUAACUAAAGAACAGGCAUUAGUCUUUAAAGCAAUCCAAGCAGAAAAUGACAGUGAAAAUGGAAUAGAAAGAAGGGUACUUAAGACUCGUAUACCACAAAAUAUUUUACCAUAUGUGGAUGACAUAAUUAAUUUUCUAACAAGUGAAGGACAUAUUUAUACCACGCUUACAGAUGAUCAUUUCAAAACAACUUAAUUUUAAAUCACAAAGAGGAGAACAUAUUUUUAUACAAGUGACUUCAUGUACAAGUUAUUUUAUAUAA